CACCUCUGAUCAAGGCUAAAGCAGAUAAAUUAGAAUAUAUGGCUAAAGGCAGCAGGACAAGCCUAACUUCAGGACAAUAACUUCAGUAGGACAAUGUUUCCACCCGGGAACUUUCCUGUGCGGACCGGAAGUUGCCUGUGUUUUAACAGAAAACAUGGCGGCGUCCUUUGAAAGGUGGUGCACGGCUUUAAACUAUUGAUAACUCCUUACAUAAUCUAUAAAAUUGUCCUUUAUAACUACCGAUUUUCUACGAAAUUAUGAUAUAACUAAUACGCUGUUUCCUGAUAGUAAAACUUGAAUUACAAGCGGCGAUAUGUGCAGUUGUUCUUGUGGACAUGUCACAGUCCCGUAGAGGAAAGCUCUUAUGACAGCCAGAUAACUGUCCUGCCCUGUUGAAGCACCAUGUGGACAUUUAUUUACUGUAACACCCUGGCAACUGGCCUCAGGACAUUAAAUAGUAUAUGUAUCAGCAAUCAUUGCAAGACGUUGCUUACACCCUGGACACGGAAAGUGUACUACAACAAACACCAGGUCCAAACCAGUAGGCACCUAGCGUCCAAACCACCAUGGCGAGUACUGUUCUUCGGAAGCGACGACUUCGCACUGGAAUCUUUAAAACUUCUCCAUGCUUCCAGUCUGGAGGCGAAUGGCAGAGUCGUGGGCACGUUAGAAGUGGUGACUUUGACGCAUGCCGCCCCUGUGUGGAAGUACGCCCACCGACACCAACUCAGAGUGCACGACUGGCCCGACGUGGACGUUCAGGGUCGUUUUGAUGUUGGGGUGGUGGUGUCAUUCGGCUGCCUUCUGAAAGAGAGUCUGAUCAAACAACUACCACUUGGCAUCCUGAAUGUGCACCCCAGCCUCUUGCCACGCUGGAGAGGCCCCGCCCCCGUGUUCCACACCGUGCUGCAUGGCGAUAAGCUGACUGGGGUGUCAAUCAUGCAGAUCCGGCCCCUGAGGUUUGACGUGGGCCCCAUCCUGCACCAGGAAGUGUGUGAGGUGCCCCCCCGCUGCACAGCCGAUGAGCUGGGACACACACUCGCCAACGUGGGCGCCAGACUGCUGAUGGACACACUUAAGAGUCUUCCAGAGAGGAUCUCGCAGCGCAGAGAGCAGGCCAGGGAGGGAGCCAGCUUUGCCCCUAAGAUCAGUGUGUCGAUGAGCUGGCUGGUUUGGGAGGAUCAGACGUGUGACCAAAUAAAUCGCCUCUAUAGGGCCAUCGGCUCACGGAUCCCAUUGCGGACCAUGUGGAUGGGCAGAACUGUGAAACUACUGGACCAUGUGGGGAAGUGCAAUAUCUCACUGGCAGGUUCCCCUUCAUCAGUGCCUGGUUCCAUCUGCUUUCAGAAGGAAACAAACACUCUGGCAGUGCGAUGUCAGGAUGGCUGGGUGGGUUUUAAGACGGUGAAGUUGAAGAAGCGUCUCUCGGCAGCUGAUUUCUACAACGGCUAUCUGCACCAGAAUAUCCUUGCCAAAUCACGCAUGGCAACCGAGUGCGUGUUCCGCAGCGUUCGGGAUGGCCCGAGCAGUGCUGGAACUCGCACACACACAGACACAGACACGCCCCGGACAACACACACACUGCUCAUGAGCAAAACUUCCCAUUGAACACACACACACACACACACACACACACACACACACACACACACACACACACACACACACACACACACACACACACACACACACACACACACACACACACACACACCACAGACACACAUGCUGCUCAUGACCAAGACUGCCCAUGGAACACACACACACACACACCCACGCACACGCACAUGCACAGAGAGAGAGCUGUGGGGCUGGACUGAGCUUGGCGGAAGCAACCACAAGAAUCAUUACAAAAGAGUGAUAUAAUGCACUAUUUUGUCUGUUUUAAGACGAAUUGUACAUUAAUAAAGAAUGUACAUAUAAUGUACUGUGAUUGA